UGCUCCGAACGAUAGGAAUUGAUGAUUCCUAUCACCUGAAGUUUAUUUUUCUGAAGAAAGUUGCGAUACGGUUCCUGCCAAGAGAAAGAGGGUCCGUUUGUGUGACGCAACCCCACGAGGUUCAAAACCCUCCCACAUCCCCCGCACAUCCAGCCACAAUGAAGCCUUUCAUAGCGAUUCCAGCGAUUGCUGCACUUGUCUAUCGCGCAUAUUCAAGAAAGUCUCUUACUCCUGUGGGCAUUCUCACGGCCUUCGCAACGGCACUUAUACAUGCCAUCCAUCCGUGGAGUGUAUUCUUUGCGCUACUAGCCGUCUUCUUCUUAGCGGGCACUACUGUGACUAAGGUGAAACACAACAUCAAGGCAAAGCUGACGCAAUCUGCUACCGGCGCAGCUGGAGGAGAAGGAUCACGCAGCCAUAUCCAAGUCAUCGCCAACUCGGGUGUGGCCUCGAUAUUAAUACUACUUCACUUUCUGCAGCUUAAGAGGGAGGGGAGAUAUGAGGACAAGAACCUUUGUUGGAGUAAAAGCACUGAUGCGUUAGUAGUGGGCAUUGUCGCCAACUAUGCCGCUGUCGCAGCUGACACUUUCUCGUCCGAACUUGGCAUCCUCUCCAAGUCAAAACCGCGCCUUAUAACCGCUCCCUGGCGAAUCGUUCCUCCUGGCACCAAUGGCGGGGUGACUACAACUGGGCUUGGAGCAGGCUUCCUCGGCGCCUUCAUUCUCUCGGCUACUUCAACGCUCUUGCUGCCGUUCUGUAAAGAUUGGGACUUGAUAGAGAAAACCAAAUACACCCUUGCGCUAACAGCCGCUGGCUUUUGCGGAACACUUCUUGAUUCUCUACUCGGUGCACUCUUCCAAGCGAGUGUAAUCGACAUCCACUCCGGCAAGGUGGUAGAAGGAGAGGGAGGCAAGAAGGUUCUCAUACACAGUAGCAACCCGCUGCAUCUAAGCAAGAUAGGGCAAGCUCGAAGUAAAGUAAUCGGCUAUGAGGAAGGCAAAGACGGCAUCGCAAAGACCAGCGGGGUUGACGUUGCAUCAUCUAUCAAAGCUUCGGAUACGAUGCAGAGAGCUGGAGCAAGCGGCACCUCUAUCUCUGAUGGACAUCAUGAGAGCCGAAAAAUUGAGGUUGGCAGUGACAUACUGGACAACAAUGCUGUGAAUAUUCUCAUGGCAGCUUUAUCUCUUCGCAUCGUCCCCACAAAGGCCCACCCCACCCAAAGCGCCCUCGAGACGUCUGCUCCCUCCGCCCCCGGCGUUCACGACACGCUGCGUUCGCGCCUCGCACAAACCUCCACAGCACCAACCUUAUCCGGCUCCUCAUCAACCGCUCCCGUCGCCCUCCAGUCUGCCCAUCCGCUCGAGGCCCGCCUCGUCCAAUGGCGCACUACGCAGGACCGCCUGAAGAUGGAGAUGCUGAGGCGACAGUUUGGUAUUGCGGAACCAGUAAGGCGCGGAAUGGAGCUCAAGAUUGCGGCAGCGGGCGAGUGGAGGCCAGCUGCGCUGGGCGGGAGUAGUGGGGUGCAUAAAGAUAUUCUUGAGGGGAGGGAUUGCGAGGUGGGCUGGGAGGAUGUGUUCACUGGCAACGAGCUCCGCGAAGUACCCGACUUCCAUACCGAGAUCGAGCACAAGAUGAAGAUGAACUGGUAGAGAUCUGACCUGGCAGAAGAGCGCUUCAAGUCCAAAGAAAAAAGACAAGAUUCUGAGCAGCAGUAGCCUCUUGCAUCGGCCCUGGGUAUGCACGUCUGGUCAGUGCGCUUGCACAAUGCAUGGCGUUAGGCCAGGAGCAUCGGUCACGAAGGAAAUGACAAUCAUUCAAGUGUCAAGCUGUGCAAUUUGCAUUCUCGAUGAAAUGAGCCAAUCGCACCAAACUCAGUCGUCCUUAUUAGCUGUUGGUCUGAUCCGAAUAUGAUUAAUCCCACGUGCCUAUUUCAGGAUCUGAUAUUGCGAUCUAAUCUCCAGAUUCGACAUGUGAAGAUGCUCACAAUGGUUGCUAUGUACGCUCAAUGUUGAACUUGUGAAGAGUGGAUUCCAGUAAACUCUUAGUCUGUGCUAGGCAAGGGUGAAUGCACGCAUGGCAUGUUCUGUGGUCCCACCAGUUAUCGUCAGGGG